AUGUCGAACAACGAACAACGCAUCGCGUAUCAUAUCCUAACGCGAAUAACAAACUAAAACAAAAACGAAUAAAGUCAAAGUCAGCGAUAUUAAUUAAUGAGUGGUUCAAUGUGUGGGCAUAGUGCAUGCGCAUAACACUUAAGUAAGUGAUUUAAGCAGAAUUUAAGCACAAAAUAGACAAAGGUUGUUGUUGUCUCUUGCUGUGCGUUGUGUGUGGAAUAGGAUAAAAACCAAAGAAGUUUUGCCCCGAUUUGGAGCUGCGCAGUUUUCGCGAAAGGCAAUAUCCGCCGCCCGUGCCCCCCUCGCGUUUGUGCAUAAAUCAACCGCGCGCGCGGUAGAAAUAUCAUCAUCGCUUGCGCGACCACUGCGCGACCACUGAGGCCUCCGAAGGUGAACUGGAAGAUCAGAAACACACCACGAUGAUGUUCUAUUUACUCUGCUUCACGCUGAGUAGUGUUGUGUUGGUUGCCGGUGAGCAUAAAGUACACAACAUUGUCUUGUACCCGGAGCGACACUCCUGGUGUCAAACCACACCGAUCAGACAGGUGGUUGCGAUGCCUGGCUAUGCACCGCUGACGAUUGAUAACCACGUGUGUGUGGGCGCCUGCUACAGCUACAGCAUUCCUCGCACGCAACCAGCUGAGCCCGGUGAACUCAUCGGACCGUACUGCGAUAGUUGUCAGCCGAAAACAACGCAAUGUUAUCAUGUUACGCUGCGUCGCGCGAAUUUCAACGCUAAUCUUACUGAUGAUACGCAGCAGAUGCGUAAACGUGUGCAGAUCAUCACCGAUUGUAGUUGUUCGAGUUGUAGUCGUGCUAUCAGCGAGCAAAAUCCAGAUGAAUGUGAUUUAGAGGAUGGUAAUACCCUGGAAUUACCUGCGAGUCUUGUUGCGGCUAAAGAUAGUCAGGAGAAGGCGGAUGGUAUGCAACCAGAAGUGCCUGAGUUAAUGGCAAUACCUCCGCCGAAGACGUAUGCAACCCAAUCGACACAAACCAGUGCGGAAGUUGGGUUAAUGCGCACCUAUCAUUUAUCUGAAUCUCUACGACGUUUAUUGAGAGAUAUUCAGGAGAAUGAUGAUAAUUUUGUGUCUUCCACAUCAUUUACACCCGAAAAAUUAGUGGAUAUGCGGCAGUUAGUUGAGAUUAUUCAAGGUCAGGACGGAUUACUCACUGAUCGUGAUGUGAUUGACUUUGUGAACUGGAUAAAUGAACACGAAGAUGAGAAUGGCAUGGAAUUAGAUGCUUUGAAGUUGAAAAUUGUUUUAGAUGCAUUUUAUCGACGAGAAUUACGAUUGAAACAUAAAAAGUUUGGUUUGGGUACAACACAAACCACGCAAACAGAAAACGAUGAUUAUGAUUCAUCUACACAUGAACAUGAAAAGCCUUUAAUUGAAGGUAGUCAUCUGUCAAUGGGGCAUAAAAAAGGCGCACAUAUCACGAUGGGUAUCAGAGAUAAUAUCAUUCCAUCAGGUGAUGAUGGUAAUGAAGAAAAUGACAAUACCUCGGCUGAAAUGACAGAUGUAGAUGGCGCUAGUGGUGAAAUUGAGGUUAAACAUCACCAGCAUCAUGUAGGCGACACAAUCACAACUGGCGGCAGUGUAGCACACCUUGUAAUGGGCCCGCAUGGCAGUCUUGUGCUCGCCGCGCCCUCUGCUGAAGAAAGGUUAAGUCUGGCAAGCGAUGAAGUUGUUCCCAACCAGGAAGGAACCGUUAUAGAUUACCACCAUCAUCGCAAUCAUCAUAGAUCCACACCUGCAAGUGUAACUCUCUAGUAAUCGUAGCGCUAGUAAUAUUAACACUCUAUUGUUUUGUUUUUUCUGUUGAGAUCUUUAUUGUAUCAUUUAUUUUGUCUGUUUUUAUCUUCCGACACUUACAAUACGUACUUAAUUUAUUACUUCGACUUGGAAAAUGUUUUGGCUGUGUCUGUGCCUCUGUGUGUGUGUGUGUAUGUGCGUGUUGUUUAAUUGUUUGUAAUGUUUUUUUGUUUGUUUUGGAAUUUGUUGCUCUUUAUUCGUGGUGAAAUUUUGUUUUAUUCUGCUCAGAGAUACUUAUAUUAUACAUUAAUCAGCGGCGUU